AAAAACGUAAUGCCAAAAUAUAGAAGUAAUUCAUCCGUCUGUAUUGUAAAAAGAAAAGUUGACAUACCCGGGUUGUUUUGUUUAUUUGUCAAUCGUGUAUGGUAUCAUUUGUAAAUUGAUCGGUAAAUAAUACAAUUGUUCUGUUGAUUCAUUAUUUUUUUAACAAUCCAGAUUCUAGGCUAGUUUAAGAAGUGGUAUGUGCGUGUAUACUUACUUGUAUGAGAGUUAAAAAGCUUAGAUGUCUUAAAUGAAUUUGACCAUUUGACCUGUCUAAUCAACCAAUGUAAUAAUGCCUUCACUAAAUUGAUUCAAGCAUGGAGGUCCAUACACAAGAGUACUUGAGAUCUACAAGUAUUCUAGCUCAGAAAAUUGGACAAGAUUUGGAUGCAGCUCGUGAAGCUUAUCAAGAUUUCUGGAAGAAAUUAAAUGAAGAAGAGAAACAACAAGUUCUAAAUGAAGCUAUUAUUGAUCCUGCAGCUGUUCUCAAAUACGCCAAUAUUACAAAAAAUGAACUUGGAAACUGUUACAAUUCAAGCAAUGAGAGCCAAUUUUCAUGGUUCACCAGGAGUCAGCUGAAUUUAUUCACAGACGUUGCCCUGAAAGGACCAAGAACACCAGCCAAGAAGACUGAAACGGUGACAGUAGUGAACAACACCCCACCUCAGGAACCUGUGGUCAUAGAAAAUAAAACCAAAGAAAAUAAUUUGCUUAAUAAAAUAAAAAAUAAAGUAACAAACUUAAAAAUUCCUUCUACGGUUGAAGAGAAACAGAGCCUAGUUGAGAGCAAGUCGCAAGUGACUGUGAUGAAGUCGGUUCUGUCAAAACCAAAAACUCCUCCACCUCCACCUCCCACCAAACAGACAUUGAGUGAAAAGAAAGCUCUGCUCUGUAUUGACAAUGAAUCAGAUCCUGAUGACAUACCAAAAACUGGCUUUGACUUCUUGGAUAAUUGGUAGCCCUGUUAAGUUUGUUGUAAUAGUUGUUGAAAGUUAGCUAUUUUAGGAGUGUUUGGUUUUCCAAAAAAUAAUAACUUAUAAAAGUGUCUGAUGCGACAUAACACUCACAAAUAGUGUUUAGCUUAGCUCUCGAGUUGCAUAGUGUCCUGUCUAGAACAGUCUGCAUGUGUCAACUCUGGCAGUGAAUGUGUUAUAAAAGUUACAACAUUUAUAUAAUUCUAGAUGUAUUUAACCCUGUCAGUGCCAAAAGACGACUGAUGAUCCUGAGAUAUUCUCUGAUAAUGCAAAAUGCCAAGUAGAAAGGCCUCUUCAAAAUUUAUUGUCCUGUUAAUGGAUGAAUGUUUUGAAUACUGUAAUAUUAUGAUUAAUUUUUUUAUGACAUAUGAAGUAAAAUUAAAUUUAUCUGUCAUGAUUUACUUUAGCUGGUACUAAUAACAGCUGUGUGAUAUAAACAGGAGUUGGUCUAAGUGCAGAUGGGAGUUUUUAGAAUUUUGCAGUACAUUCAAAAAUUCACAAAACUCAGUUACAAAGAUGUACACUUUUAGCACCUUUAAUGCUAAACAUAACAAUUUGUGCCUCAUUCGAAAUACUGAGGUAGAAAAUUAUAACUUGUACAACAUUAAUAACACUUAUAAAAUAUAACAUUCAUAACCUGAUUUGUUAGUAUAUUGAGUCGUGUAACUUUUUAAUAAGAAUUAAUUAAGUCUGAAUAAUUAGUUUCAUUGUGAAAAAGUAUCAACAUGAUUUUCAAGGACCUAUUUCAAUCUUGGAUUGUGUAAGUGAUUCUCAGUUAUGUGUAGUUUUGUGAAUAUUGUCCUAUAAGUUGGUUUAAUAAUAAUCUAACCUCACUUAUCUAAAAGAGUGUACAACAUUAACUGUUUUAAGUACACCUGGAAUUUGUAUAAAUUAUUUUUACUGAAAUAAAAUUAUUUUGAGAGCGGGAAAGUUAAAUAAAAAUAUUUUUAGAAAAUGGUAACCAUACACUCCUAAGAGGCCACUUCAUAAGGAUUGGAAUUAUAAGUUAAAUCUAUUGUGCCAGCUAAUAUACUUGUUAUGAGAUAAACCCAGUUUUGUAUGUGUAAACAUUGCAUAUCAUUGUAGUAAAAAUAUACUCAGAAACAGUUGUUACGUACUGUUAUGUUUUAUAAUCUUUUUAUAACAUUUGUAUAAUCUGUCAAGGGCUACAUCAAAGUUCCAAUAUAUUAAUCUUAAAUUAUAAGAGUUAAAGGUUUUUAAUUAUUUUUACAUGUACGUAUUUAAAAUUGUAUUAAGUUUCUCAUCUGAAUUAUAAGUUAAUGAAAUGCUUUAAUUUCCUCUUUUUCAAGUGACAUGAAAAGUAGGAAAAUUUUCAUUGAUUAUGGAACUGUCAUUCAUAUUUUUUUUAAUGCAAAGGAGUAAAUUUAUUUCAUGGCUACCAGAAGAUUAAUAUUUUAAAUGCUUGUUUAUAAUAAUAUUUUGGUCUUUAAUUCAUUGUUGUGUGAUUCAAAGUCUUAGAAAAUAUCAAGAAUGACAAAAAUUUAAACUGAUCAAAUGUGUGUAUAAUAUAUAAAACUUGGAACUUAGAUGAGCUCUGUUAAUGUAAUUGCUCUCUAUGACCAUAUAAUAAUGUAUAUAGCUGGUUUUUGUAUGGCAGAUUUAAAAAUAGUAGUUAGGCUUCUAGCUUGUGUAUCAAUUUUUUGUCUCAUUAUUUUAGUUUGUAAUGUAUGAAAUUAUAGUUUUUCAUAAUUUGUAUUCACUUGAUAAAUUAAAUAAAUUAAAAUAAGAAUUUUAACACAAAUGAUAUAUUAGCAGGUAUAUAACAGAUUGUGAAAUUUGUAAAUUAAUAAUUUGUGAAAAGUGAAAGAAAUCAGUCAGCCAUGCCUGGGAACUCAGGAACAAGGUGCACUGAUAGCCAUUUUAAUGUUUAUUCUAUGGUGAAUCUUAAUCCAUUUUAUUCUUUUAUUUUUUGUUUCAAGGAUGUCUUAUUUUUAAGUUACAGUUUGAACAUAACCAACUACUCUUGGUUCUUUUGACUCUAUUAUUGGUUUACAAAAAUACAUCUCAAUUCUUUCUUUACAUCAUUAAAUCUAUAUACGGUACUAAAAAGAAGCUCAAAACAGUUAUUCUCUGGCCACGAAAAAGGUAAAAUGGUUUAAGAUUACUAUAGGACAAAAUUUAAGAUCAUUUCACUUUAACUAAGUCAAAUGGACUCAUUACAUUGGUUAUAAAAUCAAUCAUAAACACCAUGAAACAAUAUGUGUCAGAAAAUAAGAAGUACGGCUGGAACCAGGAGGUUUCAUAUACACAAAGUGGAGGGAAUUAUGACUGGUUAUAUUUCUGUCUUGUUAAAUCACCUAAUUCCCCAAUAAAACUCAAAUUUGUAUCCUAAAGCGAUUAGUAUAUAUAGCAAACAUUACAAUUAGGAAAUGAUACCAAACAACAUAUAGUAAACUGAAAUUGUCACAGAGUAUUGCUUAGUCAUGAGUCUAAAAUGUUACUAAAUGAUCCGGAAAGGAAAAAUAGGUGCCAAGCUGGCCCCAACCCUCUGUGCUCGUGAGGGUGAAAUUGUUUGUUUGUGAGGAGAAUACUUGGCCCUUCAGCCGGACUCCCUAUUUGGUUAAUACAUCAUGGUUAGUAUAAUCAUUGGUUUUAUAGUGCUGAGGAGCAGGUACUCUUGACCUUUAAGGUGCUGUUGUUAGAAGGUAACCCUUUUUUUAAAUACCACUUAGUUCUUCAGGGUCUCUUCUUUAGGCUUUGCUGAAGAGAUAAAAGGUUUGUGUAAAAUGUACCCAAAGUUGUUGACAAUAAAACAAAACAGGCUCAUCUUUCUUUUGUUUGUAUAAGCUAUUUAUUAUUAUAUACAUUUUUCAUCUUCCCUUCCAUUGAUAAAAUCAUGUAAUUGCACUGAUUAGAAAACAAAGAAGUAAGGUUACAUUAAUGAACAGUAGCAUAAGACGUGACUGCACAUGCAUACAGUUUCAUGAAAUCACGUAAUAGGCUAUAUUUUAUACAACAGAGAAACUUGAGAUUGCUAAGAGAAACUUGAUUGAAAGUAUUACAGUCUAGUUUUAUGAUUGAUUCCAUUAAAUCUAAUUCAACUGCCGAUUGAACCAGUGUCAUGAGUUUCAAUGAAAUUAGUUAAUAUGUUUGUUUUAUCCAUGUAAUCACUGCCAUCAUACGUAGCCCUAAGCAUACUAAUAUUUAUGAGGACAUAUACUCAUCAUUCUCUGUUCAGUUCAGUUGCUCUUCCUCCAUAAAAGUCACAACAUGUGACAUUUUGUUGACAUGAGGCCUAUAUUACCGAUACAAUUAUGGUUCCUUUUUAUUAGCCUGUUAAGCUCAUUUAUAUAUUGGUUAGCAUAAUAAGAAAUAUUUCUAUACUCACAUGUGUUAAAAUAGCAAUUGUUAAGUAUGUGCACUUUGGCAGUUUAAUUUAUGAUUGAAUAAGUAUUCUUCCUGAAAAAAAUUAUUUACGCUUAAUCUGCUAUCUCUUACUGAUAAGAUCUUAACUUGUAUUCUAAUGUGAUAUUUUGAAUCCUACUGCAUGUAUAGUUUUGUAUUUAAAGUUAUCUUUCAUAGUCCUACUUUGAUAAAAGUCAAAUUAUUGAAAUUGAUCAAAUUAUUGAUAUUAUUUUUCUUGUGCUUUAUUCAGAAAUUAAUUAAUGUUUAGUUAACUUGAGCAUUAAUUUUUGCCUAUUUUUCUGUAAUGAAUAAUUUGAUUAUCAACAUUAAAACAUACAAUUGAAAUUAUAAGAUUUGUAAUAUGAUGUAUUACUUUUAAAAACAUUGUUUGUUUUUGAAUGAGUAUUGUUUAGCGAAGCUGUUUGAGUUGAGCAGCAAUAUGAAUAGUCAAUCAGCUGAUUAGUCAGGUCUGACAAGUCAGGUGAACUGCGUGUUAAAAAGCUGUAUUGUAAGCCUAACCAGUAAAUGUUAAUUCUACUCGGUUAGCCUAAAUGGUGGAUGUUCAUGAUAAAUACUUUUUCUUCUCUUAAUUUUUCUAGUGUAAGUGAGACCCAGGAGGAGGAAUUACUGGGACCUUAGUAAACAAUGAUAUUGUCAUACUUGGCCAACACAUUGGAUGUUCAGUAGUGGACUGUGAAUGUUGAGAACUGGGGAAGGGGAUAGCUCAGUUAAUGGGCUCACUUCCACUAGAGAGGAAUGACAGCCUGUAUGGCUUCCCUCAGUCCCAAAAGCUAUUAGCCUUGACCUUGAAGGGGCGAUUCCUCAUUGCCUCUUGACUGGCAUAGUCUGGCAGUCACGAGUUCCUUCCUUCAAAAUGACAAAUCAUAAAUUUCUGACUACAACUAAUUAUUUUCACAUUAAAAUUAGAAUAUUAGGACAGAUGUACGGUACAGAUUCUUUCCAAACAGAUGGAUUGUAUCUGCUCAGUCUCAUAACUAUCGACACAUAACUCAUCCCAUUUUAUUUUUAUUACUGUAUGUAUAUUUAUCAAAAAGAGUGUCUUAUGUUAUCUUUUCCAGUGAGCAGAAUGAACAAACAUUUGAAUUCAUAACAAAUAACACCUGUAAAUGUGAUUUUUGUGUGUGUUUUGUCCCUUAUUGAAUAUUUUUGGUACUAAAUUUUGUAGGUAAAAUUUUUUAGUUCUUCUCUAAUUGUAACAAUAUCUAAUAUUUGUAUUUAUAAAAUAAAACUUGAAUUAUUAACCUUUAAGGUUGUGAACAUCAUCAAGCUAACUGUUUGUUUUGAGUGUCGUAAGUAGAACAGAUGGGGAAACACAAAUAAACGGGUUUAAAUAGCACCCCAUCCUACCUAUUGUGUUACAGGAGAUGCCAGAUAUAGAUAUAAUAUACAGUAUAUUGAAUUAUUUUCAUAUUCAUAUUGAGUUAUUUUAGUAAUUAUAGAUAAAGUAGUGCAUGCAACAGCGACACACAUUAUCUAUACGCUUAUUUGAAGUUUAAAUAUAUUGCCUUUUGCUUGUAUCCUAACAUUUUAGUCUUGCGUUAUGGCCCUCAUAAUAUGACCGUUGCGUAAAGACUAUUUUAAACUUUUACCACACUUUUCUACAGUUAUGUUAAAUCUUAAAUUGUAUUAUGGUGCUUGGAUUCUCAAUGUGAUAAAUUAUUUAACGUAAUGAAUGUUUGAUUUAUACUUAACUUUAACGUUGUUAGUGUUUAGUAGAGCCCACAGCAAGACAAAACACAGUAUCCAGAAUGGUGGUUAUGUUUGAAAAUUUUCAUAGGUAAUUAAUAUAAAGAAUUUUAUAAUAUUUAUUUUACAUAUUGUACACAUGAAGAUCAGUGAUGCUUCUGUUUACAGUAUUACAUUUCUAUUACAUGAGUUUAUUAAACCUUUCGUGUAAGAAGGAACAAUUACAUUUUAAAUACAAUUCAGGAACAUGAAUAGUGUUGCAAGUGUACUGUUUUUUUUAAUGUUAUUUUAAUUGAACUUUUUUGAAAGGCUGGAUUCAAAAUAUUUGUAAAAUAAAUUGCGAUAAAACAGUUGAUAUCUCUCUUGUGCUAUUAAGUUGUAAACAUGACAUGUUGUUUCAUCUGUUAUAUUUAUUCUCAUGCUUAGUAUUUGUAUUUUAUAUUUUGUAUGUGGUGUUUAUAGACUUUUAAAGAUUUUUUUACUUAUGUUGCAGUUGUGCUUUUGCUGUUUGUAAAAAUUAUUGAUAAAGUAAAAACUGAAGUAAACUUUGA